AUGAAUGAAAUAAAAGAUGAAAAUUUUAAAAAUAAUUCCAAAACAAAAUAUCCUCAAUCAAUGAUGGAUAUUUCUAGAUCAUAUAUAAACAAACAGGAUAGAAUAAAUGCAUUAAAUUUAUAUAUUCAAAAAUCUUCCUAUAAUCCUCAAUUUUUACAAGAAGAAGAGGAAGAGGAUGACGAAAGUGAAAAUGAAACAAUUGGAGAUAUAAUAUUCCGAAUAGUAUCUAUAAUUUUUCCAGAUUUUUCACCAGGAUUAUGGUUUUUUAUUCAUUUAAUUAUGAAUUUAAUUGUUUUAUGUGUUGGUUUAAGCUCUUUGUCAGAACCAAAUGUUCAUGACCCUAUAACAGAGCCAAAAUAUAAUAGAAGUUUUAUAUUUGGUAGUAUAUAUUGCAGUUUUUUAAUUUUGGGAGUAAAUAUUGCAUCUUUUGCUAUGUUAAUGAUUUUUCAUGCAAUAGUUCAAAAAGUUAUAUUAGAAAAAAUGUUACAGCCAAGUGCUUUAUGUGCAGCUUUUUAUAAUACAGUAGAUCCCGAAUUAGUUUAUUUAUUAUGGUCUUCUGUUCAAAUAAUUUAUUGGCGUAGUAAUCUUAUUUUAAAAAAUGGAGUAGAUAAAAGUGGUGACUAUUAUAUUUUAAGGAUAUUUGGAUAUAAAGAUCAAGAUAACCCUUUUAAGUUUUUAUAUAGUAUACAUUGGUUAAUUACUUUUCCUAUAUUAUUAUAUAUAGUUUUUGCUGCACGAUUACUUUUUUUAUCUAUUAUUUCUUUCGUUUUUGAACUUGGAUUUUUAAUGAAUGCCCAUGAUUUAUUAGGAAGAUACUUAAGAAAAUAUGGUACCUUACGUAAAUUUAAUAUUGAAUGGUUUAUGUUUGUAGCUGAUAAACAAGAAAAUAUUAGAGCAUUAUUUGGAUAUGAAUUGUAUCAAGAUGAAAAAUUAAUUAGACAAUUAGAGACAAAUGAUAUAAGUAAAAAAUUCGUUCAAGAUAAAGCUGAAUUGUUAUUGUUUAAAAAUUUACCUAGGAAUUGCACUUGUUGUAAAAUACCUUUAAAAAGAAAUAAAAAAAAUACUAUGAAAUUAUUACUACCACCAGUUUUUGAAGAAAAAAAUAUUAUAAAAUCUGAAAGCUCUUCCAUAAAAAAUUGGCUAGCUUGUCAUUAUGUGGUUAAUACUCCCCCUCUUUUAUUUUUAUUAAAUAAUAGUAUCGCCUUAACAAAUAAAAAUUCUAUUAAGAAUGGAAGUGAAAUUUUUUUUAGGCAAAUUAUAAUGUCUUUAAAAAUAUAUCAUCAAGAUAAAAAUGACACUUUUGUAUUUACUGGAACUCCUAUGAAUAAUAACUCAUCAGAUGAGUUAUCUCCAAAUAAUAACAAGUUAAAUUUUAACUUAAAUAAAGCCUCUAAUAUUAUAACACAAGAAGAAGAAUUGUUAUAUAAUAAUACAACAAAACAAACAAAUACAGAAGCAAAGAAAAUUAAUUUAGAAAAUAUUUUUCAUGAUAUUGAUCAAGAUGUAAAAAGUGAGGAGAAACAUCUAGAAAGAAAUGAGGAAAAAUAUUCAAUUAAUUCAAAAAAUAAAACGAAAUUGAAAAAUAAAGGAAAAAAGGUUGGGAACAGUAGCAAUACUACUCUCAUAAAUAAAGGAAAAGAAAAAGUACUGGAAAAAAACAUAAAUGAAAUAGAUAACAUAGAAAAAAAAAGUACUUCAUCAAAAAGUAAAGAAUACAAUAUUAAUAAUAAAAGCAAUGAUAACGAGAAUAAUAAUACAUUAAAAGGAUUACAAAAAGAACAUAAUAAAAAUUUACCAAUGAAUUUAGAUAAUAAGAAUGAAAAGACUAGUGCUAUAAACGAUCAAGAAGAAAAAAAAAUAGCUUCUAGAUUAAAUAAAUUUCGUAAAUUAAAAAUGAAAGAAGUAAAAAAUACUAUAGAUAAUAAUAAAAAGGAUGAAAAAAUAGAAAAGGUCAAUGACAAUGCCACUAAUUAUGGUUCCAUAUAUAAAAACACCCUUAAUGAUAAUAAAAAUAAAAUAAUACAAAAAUAUUAUGAUACAAAAAAUUUAACUAAUGAAAAUAUUCAUGAAAAAACUCUGAUGGAAGAAAAAAAAGAAAACUUAAAUAUUACAGACAAAACGGAAAAUACUACUUUGAAUUACCUAGACAAAAAAGUAUUCAUAGAAGAAAAAAAUACUGAUUCUAAUGAAAAAACAAAUAUGAGUAUAAAUGAUUCAAAAUUUAAUAUUUAUAUUACUCCAUCUUUAUCAGAAAUACCUAAUGAAAAUAGUGAAUUAAAAAAUAAUAUAAUGAAAAAUGAUAAUAUAAAUGAUGACAAUAUAGGAACAAAUAUUAAAGAUGAAUUUAGAGUAAAUAAUAAGGAAAUAAGAAAUUCUUACAUUAACUUAGAGAAGUAUAACAGUAUGACUGUUGAAAUAAAAGAUUUUUCUAUUGAAGAUGUUUUAAAAAAAAAAUAUACUACUGACACUAUACAUCAAAAGGAAACUCAAGAUGACAAAAAAUCUGAUCCUUAUAUGAAGACUAUGAGUAAAUUUGGCAGUUGCGACAUUAACGAAGAAAAUAAAAAAGAUGUAAUUAUAUUUAAAAAGAUAGAUGCACUAGGAUCUCCUUUAGGAGAAAAAGAAAUUCUACAACAAGAUAUUUUAAAUAAUGCAACUAACUUUUUAAAUGGUACAAACAAAGAAACAGAAACAAGAGACAUUAGUGCUUCUUUUAUUAAUAGUGAUAAGAAAAAAAGAAAUACAAAUGAAAUGAGUAAAGUUAGUAAAAAAAUUAAAAAUAAAAUAUCUUCGAAUAAAAAUGCAUUUUUUUAUCAGUCACAUUUAUUAAAUGAAGAACUGAAUAUACUAGAAAGAAGUGAUGCUAUAAAUGUGAAAAAAGUUAAAGAUAAUAGAAGAAUAAAAGUUAGAAAUUGUUUAUGCAUUAAGAAAAAUAAAAAAGAAAAAUUAAGUAGAAUCAAAAAAGAUAUAUCAUUAGAGAUAGAUGAUCCAUUUAUUAUGAAUUUAAGAAGUCCAUUACAGUUAAAUAUAAAUGGUAAUGAAUUUAUAACAAAAGAAAUGAUUGAAGUGUUUUUAAAACCUGAGGAAGCGGAAGAAUUUAUGAAAGAAUUUGAUUUAUCUGGUCAUGGAAGAAUUGAUGUUUUAAUGUUUAAAAAUGCAAUAAAAAGAGCCAUAACAUGUAGAAAAAAAUUUAUAAAGAGUUUAAAAGGUCAAGAAAGCAUUUUAAAAUUAGUAAGAAGAUUAAUGUCGAUAUUAAUGUCUUUUUUAGCUUCUGUUGUUCUUUUAUUUAUUUUUGGAGUUUCUGCUGAUACUAUAAUUGUCACGGGUGCAGCAUUUAUAACAGCAGUAACAGUUAUAUUAAGUUAUAUGUAUACAAGUUUUAUAACUUCAGUUAUAUUUAUCGCUUUUUCUAAUCCUUACAAUAUAGGAGAUAGAAUAAGAUUGGAUGGGGGGGAAGCAAUGUACAUUAAAAAAAUAAAAACAUACACUACCGAAUUUGAAACAACAACUGGAAAAAUAGUUAUUUAUGAAAAUUCAAAAUUAAGUAAUGCGAAAAUUUAUAAUGAAAGUCGUUCAAAAAAUGCUUAUAUUGAUAUUUCUUUUAAAGUAGAUAUUAAUACACCAUUAGUAGCUCUUAAAGAAUUAAGAAAAAGUUUACAAUUUCUUGUUGAUAGUAGGCCUAGUGAUUUUUGCAAAACUAAAAAUUUAUACUUUGGAUAUUCUUUACAGCCAGGUCAUUUUUACGAAAUAAGUUUUUGGAUUAAAUGUGUUGAAGGAUGGGGGAAUUGGAGAAAAGUUUUUGAAUUGAGAACAGAUAUUUAUGAUUUUAUUAUUUUACAAUUAAGAUUAUUAAGUAUAUCUUACCGUUUGCCAACUCAAAAAAUUGGAUUUACUGCUCCUCUAAACAUUGCUGAUAAUAGUAUUUUAAAAUUAAAUAGAAAUAAAGGGUUUGAAUAUCCUAGUACACCAAAGGAAGCUCGUAAUCCUCUUUUUGUUCCGUCAGUCAAACAUAAAAGAGAAUUUGAUAUUUGUAAUUAUGAAUACAAUAAUAAUAUGAGUUUUCUAUACAAUGAUAGUAAAAACAAUACUAAUAAUUAUAUUAAUAGUAUAAACUCACCAAAUAUGUACAAUUAUAAACGUACAAAUAAUUACUAUUAUAAUACAUCAUCUAUUUGUAAUCAUAAUAAUAAUAAUGAUAAAUCUAUUAAAGAAAAAUCGAAAGAUUUUUGCAAUAAUGAAAAAAAUUAUGAUAAUUUAUUAUGCAAAAAUAAUUAUUAUGAUGAUAUUAACUCUUCUAUAAGAUAUAGAAGUGUAAAAAAGGAAGUGAUUAAUAAUUUAGAAAUAGAUUCAAACAAAGAAAUUUUAAGUAAUGAUUUCAUGAAAUACACUGAAUAUUAUAAAAAUAAAAACAAUAUACUUUCAAGAAAUAUGGAUAAUUUUUCAGGUGAUAGUAAUAAGAAUAGAACAGUUGAAAGAAGAAUAAAUUAUGAUUAUAUUGACUAUACUGAAAAUAGCUUCCGCAAAAAUACUAAUUCUUGUUGCAGGAAGAACGAAAAUAUUAUAGACGAUCAAAAUAAUAACUGUUGUGAUAAUUUAAUUUCAAAAAGUAAAUAUCUCCAAUGCGAUGAUCAGGAAAUCAACUUAAGACAAUCAAUGGAAAAAUAUGAUUAUACAAGCCAUAUAAAUACAUAUUUUAAUAAUGUAAAUUCUUAUCACGAUAAUUAUAUGUACAAGGAUCAUAAGAAUAGUAAUGAAAAUUUUUUUAAUUACUCAAAUACAUAUAAUCAAAAAUAUCAAGAUUCACUAAAAUUGAAUUAUAAUGAUAAAGAAUACUUUUCAUAUGAAAGUUCCUCUAGUUAUGACAGCUUUGAAUGUGUUAAACAUUUUUCUAAUCUUCAUAACAAAAGUCACGAAUUUUUAAAUAAACAAAAAAGAAAUAUUUUUACAUAUCAAAAUAAAAAAAAAUACAUUUAA